ACAAACUCCUAGCGGCGGAAGCUCUCUCUAGCAAUCAACCAUGGGUAAGGUACACGGAUCUCUGGCUCGGGCUGGAAAAGUGAGAGGCCAGACUCCCAAAGUGGCCAAACAGGACAAGAAGAAGAAACCCCGUGGACGCGCCCACAAGCGCAUGCAAUACAAUCGCCGAUUCGUCACCGCCGUGGUUGGAUUCGGCAAGAAGAGGGGACCCAACUCGUCCGAGAAGUGAUGCAAUUCUGAGAGGAUGAGGAGCUCUUUAGGUUAAAG